AUGGAGAGCAUCCGUCGGCAGUUUGACGCAAUCUUCGAGAAGGAAAAGGAGGGCUACGUUGUCAAGAUUGAGGAGGAGAAGCUACAAAAGGAGAAACUAGAAAAGGGCCUUGGGGCAUACUGUAGUCGUGUUCUGGAAGCGGCGCAGUUAAAGAAGGAGAAGAAUCUUCGGGAGGCUACCCGAAAGGAACAGCAUCUCAAUUUCAUGUUGGACCAAGUGCUUAACUGCCUACGUCAAGGUGUUAGGAUGACUAAGAUAAACAGCAAAGGAAAUAUGCGCCGUCGUUUCUACUUUUUAUCGAAUAACGGCAAAUAUAUCUAUUCAUGUUAG